UAAACCGGAUAUAUGUUUUAUCUCAUCAAUGUUGCAAAAAAGAGCACCAUUGUAAUAAAUAAUAAACUAUAAAAAGGUUCAUGAGAAUAUACGAAAAUCAUCGAACAUAAGGUUAAACAAAUGUAUCUAAGUGCGUUUCAUAUGACCGUAGAAAACUCAUUCAUAGACUAAGACAUGUACGAUAUUGGGAAAUCCCUAAAAAAGAUACAUAGCCACACUUUCGGUUUCCCGAACGAAUGGGGUUAACAGCGUCGGUAUAGGCGCUAGUCAUAAAUGUAGGAUACAAUUAUCAUCCUGGAUAUCACUGAAACAAACAAUAUUUGAAUGAAAUUCAAGAUUGAAGACAAAUCAAUACUGGUGGACCGAAUAACUGCAAGGUUGUCCUCGUCACAAUUAUGGAAAUACUUGCUGCGUUAGCUACUGCAGCCGUUGGCCACAAUGGCGUCCGAUGCGACGUAUGCGAUGCAAGUCCAAUCAUCGGCGUUCGAUGGAAGUGCAACGACUGCCCUAACUAUGACAUGUGUUCCUCAUGCUACGAUAAAAAAUGGAUGUGGCACAAUAUGUCGCAUACUUUUAGAAAGUGUGAUACACCUGUUAAUAAUAUAUUCCAGCAGAUAUUAACGAAUGCAGGAUCUCCCAGCAGCCCCACGUGUGCGUCUGACAGCGACGCAGGUAAUGACUCUGACAGUGACUCUGAUAGUUUCGAGAUGGAAACAGCUGUUGUUCAUGAUGGUGUGGGGUGUGACGUAUGCAAAGAUCGCCCCAUCCGUGGUACCCGCUGGAAAUGCGCAGAUUGUCCUAACUACGACAUGUGUACAUCGUGCUACAAGAAUCUUAGAAUGAUGCACGAUACGGACCAUUCAUUUAAGAAAAUUAACAAUCCCGUAUCAACGGGAGCCCUGCUGGUCAAUAAUAUACUUUCAUCGCAAAUGCAUGAUGCGAAACACGCAGCUGUUGUUCAUGAUGGUGUGGGGUGUGACGUAUGCAAAGAUCGCCCCAUCCGUGGUACCCGCUGGAAAUGCGCAGAUUGUCCUAACUACGACAUGUGUACAUCGUGUUACAAGAAUCUUAGAAUGAUGCACGAUACGGACCAUUCAUUUAAGAAAAUUAACAACCCCAUAUCAACGGGAGCCCUGAUGGUCAAUAAUAUACUUUCAUCGAAAAUGCAUGAUGCGAAACACGCAGGAGUCGUGCAUACAGGUGUGAGGUGUGACGUCUGCACUGUAGACCCGAUCGUGGGUAUCCGUUACAAAUGCAGAGAGUGCCCUGACUAUGACAUGUGUUCCACGUGCUUUAAGGAUCUAAGGAUCAUGCACACCAUGUCGCAUUCAUUUAGACAGAUUAAAUUACCUGGAAGUCUACCAGCUCCAGUGGAGGUAACCAGUACAAGAAGACUUCAAGCGCUACCGAAAAGCAUCCCUUCAACCAGUAAAGGAUCUGGUACGCCUCAUAAAGGUGAACGAUGUGAUGUCUGCAAUGUCUCUCCAAUACGGGGUACCCGCUGGAAGUGUAGGGAUUGUCCCGACUAUGACAUGUGUUCCACGUGCUAUGAGGAUAAAAGAAGAAUUCACGAUAUGUCGCAUUCAUUCGCACGAAAGGAACAUCCAACCAAAGCGUUAUCAAAAGAGCAAAAGGGAGGACAUGGAGUACCAGCAACGUCGUCUUGUUUGCCUUCCCAUUGGAUUAUGAUGAAGCCUGAUCAAAACGAAAUCAAAAUUGAUCUUGCAACUUAUAGUGAGGAAUUUAUUACUGUGAUGUGCAAGUUCAUUCAAACGCUUGACAAAACAAUCGUCAGUAUACGCAGAGUUCAAAGCAAAUAUCUUUGGGAGUUUUACUUUUCCAAACGCAAGCAGAUGGCUUCUAUGAAAAUUGGAAAAAUCGGCGCGAACGAAAGGAAGCUCUUCCACGGAACCAAACCGGACAUAAUCCAAACUGUUUGCACUCACAAUCUCGACAUGCGUCUUGCCGGAACAAACGUCGGUGCGAUAUAUGGCAACGGAACCUAUUUUGCUUCGGCAGCAGAUAUGUCGGAUCGGUAUUCUACGCCUGAUCCUACAACGGGUCACAAGUUUAUGUUGCAGUGUCGUGUACUGGUGGGACGCUGGACUAAAGGACAACAGGGAUUACGGAGGCCGCCUGAGAUGGACCGGACACCGGAUGGUCAGGUCAGACUGUAUGACAGCUGCGUGGAUGAUGUCCGAAAUCCGAGCAUAUUCUGCAUCUUCGACCACGUUCAGUACUAUCCGGAAUAUAUCAUUGAAUACAAAUAACUUAAUAUAACUAUUUACGAAUGAACAAAAGGAGUUUGCCCAUAUCCUGAUGUUUUACUGGAUCAUGCCUUGUGCUUAUCGGCAUUUAAAUAAUAAUUGUGCUUAUAUCCUGUAUAAUUUGAUUAUAUAAUACCUGAUUCUAUCCAUAUGUAUAUAUUCAAUAGCACGCCAAUGGUAAACUGAUAUUUGUGGAUUCAAACCAUUUAGUAAUAAUACAAGGAUUAUGUGUUUUAAUGUAGAGCAUGAUUAACUUUGUAUUUUAUAAGAUUUGAAGACAUUAUAUGUUUGUUCAAAAAAAUGAAAGGAAUAAAGUACGUGUCAAACACUAUUAUUUAUGAAAUAGAUGUACAUGUUAACACAUAUUUUGCCGGGGUUUCUACAUAGUACUAAGCAGUUAUUUAAUAUGAGUAUGAUUACGUUGCUUAUAAGUUGUGUAGUACUUAGAAUUCAUUUACAGUUGCCACCUACCUAAUAUGUGAGUUAUCCAUUGUUAUCGUGCAAUAAGUAAUCAAUAUGUUGAUUUAAUUGUCAUAUCCUAUAUAGUUUUAAAGGGUGUAUAUGUACCCAUAGAAUGGUAUUGGUAAUAAAUGUCCCAUCAUCUA